UCUUGCCGGCACCACCGACGCCGAAGACCAUCUGAUCCAUCUCAUCUCCAUCUCCAUCAUCUCGCUCACUCUCUCUCGUCCCACCCUCCUUCCCCGCCCACCAUGUCGGCCGCGAUUCAGAAAUGGAUAAUGGACCCUGCGCACCACGACCUCCUCGCGGUCGUCAAGGGCGCGCGCAACGGCCUCGUGUACGGCUGCAAGGUGCGGUUCCCGCAUGCGCUGGUGAUGGCUGCACUGUUCUCGCACAAGCCGUGGAGCACGCGCAUCCACGGCAUCCUCACGGCCACGCGGACACACGCUAUGAGCCUCGCAAAGUUUGCGACGAUUUACAAGGUCAUGCUCAUCAUCCAAAAGCGGCUCAAUGGCGGCAAGGAGCGCGACCUUGAUACGUUUAUUGCGGGUGGUAUUGGCGGGUAUGCCGUGUUUGGGGAUCGCACACCGAUCAACGAGCAAAUCGUGCUGUACAUCAUGUCGCGUGCGAUCCUCUCCUUCAUCCCGCGGCUGUACAGCAACACGCCCACGCCGCCCAAGACGCCGUGGCAGCCGCUCGACCACCCCCUGCCGCCGCUCACGAGCCCCGAGGCCAACCCCCGCCCCAUCCCCCCCGCCAAUAUCCCCUUCGCGAUCGUCGCGUCCCUGUCCUGGGCUGCGGUCAUGUACAUGUUCCGCCACCGCGGCGAGCGGCUGCAGCCGGGCAUUGUGAAUUCUAUGCGCUACAUCUACCACGAGUCGGACACGUGGACGUCGCUCAAGACGCUCCUCUGGCACAACAAGUAGCCGGGGUCGAGCGAGAUCAGCAGACAGGCGCGCGGCGCCUCUAGACGCAUAGUUGUACCAUUACGAUGUAAGCGGUCGCAUUGGCACGGUCGGCGAUAGAUGGACACGGUCUGAUCGCCGUGCCGCGUGAUAGUUUGGCUCCCAAGUGG